AUGAGUGCGACGCGCACGGGGCCGAGUCUCGGCGCGCUGCCGCUCACGGCCGUCGUCGCCGUGAGCCUCGGCAAUGGCAUCGGCGCGAAUGGGACCCUGCCGUGGCGCCUGCCGAAGGACAUGGCGUACUUUCGCGCGGCCACGCUGCACGCCGCCGACGUGUCGCGCGAGGACGCGCGCAUGCGCGAGGCUGGGUACGAGCGGCGCGCAGUGCCCGUGAAAAAUGCCGUUAUCAUGGGCCGGCACACAUGGGACAGCAUCCCGCCGCGCUUCCGCCCCCUCCAAGGCCGCAUCAACGUGGUCGUCUCGACGACCAUGGCGCCAAGCGAGCUGGGUACGCCAGGGACCGAGCAGGCCGACACCCUGCUUGCACGCAGCCUCGACGAGGCCGUACAGCUGCUGCAGGAGCGCCGCUACGCACGCUACAACCUGCCCGGGGCGACGGCCGGCACGGCCCUGGGCCGUGCGUUUGUGAUUGGCGGCGCACAGCUGUACCGCACGGCCCUGGCCCAGCGGCCCACCGCUGAUACCUGGAUCCUCGAGCAGCUGCUCGUCACGCGCAUCCUCUCGCCUAUCGAUGAGCAUACUAUGGACGUGUUCCUCGAAGAGUUUCGCUCGCCAGUGCAGCGCGCCAGGGACGAGGCCACCGCGCGCACGCUUCCCCAGGAGCUGCUGGCCGACGGCGAGGCGCACGAGUCAAGGUGGCUCCUGGUUCCCAGGGACGAGCAUGCGCGCCUCGUUCCCCCCGCGCAGGCCGACCUGCUCGGCCGCGUCGUAGACGACAAGGGCAUCGCCGUGCACUUUCAGUCUCUCAUGGCCGACGACGCAGCGGCACCGCCGGUCGCGAGCGAUGCGGCGCGCACGCGCGAGCAGGCGAAGCAGUGGAAGAAGGAGCGCAAGCUGCAAGCGCAGAAAAAGACGCCAAUGCCACAAGAAGCGCCGCCCGCCAAGGCGCAGGGCCGCGCGGGAGACCCACCGCAGGUGCAGCUGUCCAAGACACUGGCCUACAUACUGCGCCACGGCACGCAGAAGGAGCACCUCGAGGUGCGUGCCGAUGGCUAUGUGCGCCUGGAUGCUGUGCUUGCGCGUCCGCGUAUUGGGAAGAUUGCGAUGGACGACGCGGGGCGCGCGCCGACGCACGACGACGUCGAGGCCGCCGUGCACGACAAUGCCAAGAAGCGCUUCGAGCUGACGAGCGGCUCGGACGCGUCGCCCGCCGACGAGGGUACGGGCACUCGAUCGCGGCCGUCACAGACCUGUCGCACACAUCGCUGA